CUAAGUAAAAUCGAUUUAGGUUACUAUGAAGAACACUGUGUUCGUUGCGGCAAUUGCCGCACAGGCCUUAAUGGGCGUAUUUUCUGUUGCUAUCAAGAUGAUAGAUGUUGAUAUAUCGGUUGAGAAGGGUACUAACUACAUGCGUCGCAAGGAUUCUGAUGACAGUUUCACCAUUGUUCCAACUAACGACUUCUGUAUUGGUAACGUUUUGAAUAAUGGCGUAUUGAUAUCCGAUUACCCUUCUAAUGGUAUUACAUCUCGCACUGUGAGUGUCCAUCGCUAUAAGAACACUGACCCAUGGACUGGCACUGUAAAACCUUUUGUUGACGAUACUGGAUGCAUUGAGAUCAUUGACAUAGAGACUCGUCUUCACAAGUUGCCCAUUAGGCAACGUUUUGUGAUGAACGAGACGCGUAAUUACGAGACUGUGACGUACACAUUGUUUGAUAUGGACAUUUGCGCCAGCGACUUUGACGAUUUUGUGAAGGAGACUCCUAAACUGCCCGGUACCUCUGCCAAUGCUGAGAUUUACCAUGCUCCUGCAUUUAAGCGCAUUGGUGCCAUAAAAUGUGGUGACCGUGUGCUUCUUGAAAGUGAUGAUUAUAUUUUCACCAGGUACGCGCAGCGUAGCAACAAUACAUGGGAGAUCACAACUAUCCCUGUUGUUGGUCGUGCAUUCAAGAAUUCAUUUUUACCUGUGGCCUGGGAUGACUGUCCUUACAGGAUCAUUGACAAGGGAUCUGCAUUUUUGGACUUGAGUUCUAACUAUGAACAGAAGUACGCUGACAUAGUGGUAUCAUGUGGUGAGAAUUGUGUAUUCUUUGACGGUUGCAGCAACCCAAGUAACAGGAUUGUUGACGUUGUUGACAACAAUGGUGUGAUUUAUAUGGGUGUUAAGUCUCAGUGUCUCGAUGUUAAGUUGCGUUUUCUGGAAAAGGAUCGUUACCUUGCUAUCUACUCUAAGCGUGUUGAUGGCAACUUUGAAACAUUGAUAUACCGCUCCGAAGGUGGCAAGCCAUUUUUACCAUACAAGCCCGUUGGCAUCAACAUUGAGCUUACUGAUGAGCGCAUUGAUGACAUGAUUCGUGUAGUUCAGGACGGUGAUGCCAAGCAGUAUUCAGUUCGUGCUCCACACAACCUUAAGUACACCAUUGGUGCUGUCAGUUACAAAGGCAAUGUUUUAGUUGGCAGGGCCUUUUUGGAACGCCCUGAGAACGUACCUUACGUGGUCAUUGAGCGCACUGUAACAUUUGAGAACGGUUUCACGACUAUCGACACUGCGACUGACAAGAAUCCAUCAAGUCAGAUCGUAUAUGUGACUAAUGAUGAGGGUGUUUGGACAUACACUUCCAAGCCCGUGGAGGUUGAGCUUUCUCGUUUGAACACCAAGGACCCCAACUUUAAGGUGACCAAGUCGAAUGAGGGUGAGUACCACAUUGAGACCUUGGAUCGUUACAAGAAGAUCGGUACUGUGAAGUACAAGGACCGUGUUGUUCACCAUGCUCACCAAGGUGUGACCAAGACUGAGUUGUGGUACCGCAACGGUGAGAUUUCCGUUAUAUCUCAUUUCAACGAGGACACUGUUUUGCACACUCGUUAUAGAUUUAUCCAGGGCUUUAUUGGCAAUGACCACCGUAUGUUUGUUGAGCAGUUCAAGGAGCCUUUGACCUUGCAAUUGGACCAGUUGUUUGUUGGCCAUCUUCCUGAAUACUUCUGCACUGAGUCUCAGGGCAAGUUUUUGAAGAUUUCUGUUUGCCAGGAUGUAUUUGGCCAGGUUAUGGGUGAGGUAAACUUUUUUGACCAGACCGUUGUUUCUACUCAUAGGUUUUACAAGUACCGUGAGGUGUUUGUCGGAUCUGAUUUUUUCUUAUCAACUGUGUUGGUGAAGUCGGUAACUGAGGACGGUACUACUGUUGUUGAAACCUUUUUAACAUAUCCUGCUAACGGUUCCAUUGUCUUCGUUCGUCACAACAAAAAACCUAUUGCUAUUGACAUUUCUCCUACUGCUUCUGUUCAUACUGCCAUAUCACGUACUCAGGACGACCAUCAUUUAUAUUACACCAUCAAACCUGAGUAUGCCAUUGGUUACUGUAUUGGUGAUGUGCUGUACCGUGGCCACACCGUUAUGCGUGGCAAGGAGAUGAUGUCAAGUAGGCGUGUCACUGUUCGCAUUGAUUACGACGAAUCGAAUACAAAGAAGGUGUUUGUUCACAUUGCUGAUGUUGACAACUUUGACCACAGGUCCCAUUCCUACAGUGGUGAUACUGAAUUGACCACCAUAACCAAGGUUCCCAGGAAGCCUGUUGACGUUGACAUUAGUUUCCGUGGUGUUCGUUCACCUCAGGUUGCCAUUGGUAUUGCCAGUGACACCAUGAGUUUCUACAUUCCUUGGUGUCAGUCUUCCGAGUACACUCUUGCUAAUGUCUAUUGCACUGGUAGCAAUGGCACUGUGGAGACUAUUUACAAGGACUUGUCCAUUGACGAGAUGCCUGAAGUCCGUGUUCGUGGUCUUAACAAUGGAGCUCGUGCUGUUGUUUCCAUUACUCCCAAGAACUCCGUGUGGAUGCACUCUGACGUUCGCAUUUCCAACAACGGUACUCUUACUGUGAAGGAAACAACCAACCACAAGGCUGACGGAUUGUUCACAUCAUUCUAUGGUGAAUUAUAAGCAUGCGAACCACGAA